GGAAAAGAUAAUGUGCUAAGUGGAUACUGGAUAGGGAGGAAGUUCAGGGUAGAAACAGUGGAGUGGAACCACUGACGAACGCACUAUCAGUAUCACCUCACUCUCACUCACUCCCGGUUAUUGAACUUGCAGGAGAGGAAGAAGGCUCUGGCUGUGCUGUUUGUUGAAGAGCAAUGCCAAUGGCAGCAGCUGUUGCAGCAUUAUCAUCGCCGUACUCCAUUUGCAGAAACAACUGUUCUCUGUUUUCUAGUUCUUCUUCUUUGGGUACUCCCCUCCCAUGUCUUCGUCUUGGUAGAAACGGUGUUGCCCAUAGUUCUCUGUACUUGACAAACAAGAAGUCAACCCGGGAAAUGCAAAGGUUUCGAUCAGUUGCAGAGGAAACCCUUGUCCCAGAAGAGGAGCAGAAGGAAGAAGCUCCUGUUAAUGAGUCUGUCUCGGUCCCGGUCUCUCCUUCCGACAUGCUCACUAUGUUCUUCCAGGCAGAAGGAACAAUGGAUGAAUCAGCUGUCCCAACCGUGACCAAAGCUUUGGAGGAAAUUGAGGGUGUCAGUCAUUUAAAUGUUCAAAUCCUUGAGGGUAUUGCAAGUGUUGAGUUAACGAAGCAGACGACAAUACAAGCUACAGCGGUGGCCUCCAAUUUGGUUGAGGUCAUACAAGGAUCUGGGUUCAAGUUGCAGGCAUUGAAUUUGAGUUUUGAGGAUGAAGAAGACACUUCUAAUUAGACCUCUGUUAGUUUAAAUCCCUCCCACCAAAAAAAAAAAAAAACUGGGGGAUUCCCAUUUGCUGAUGGCAAACUAAAACCGGACAGAACUUUGUAUACACUGAUUAAGGGAAUUUUCUGUCAGCUUAUCGUCUCUAUCUGAUUUGUUUCUUCCA